AUGGGUAAACUUUCCCCAACUGGUUCAAGUCCCGUUCGACGAACAACUGAACCGGAUGCUGGUUCGAUUUCUUCUUUUCAACGAACUGUUAAUCCGAUUGGAUAUGUUCGGCCCGAGGCUGAAUCUACAAGUUCUGUUGAUCAGGGGACCAGUUAUUUUGCUGCUACUGCUGCUGCUGCUGCUGAGACGACUAAUCCGACCAGACAAGAUUUUGUUCAACAAACUGAACCAUUUGGGCAAGCAAAUGAUCCCAAUCAACAGCAGCAGGGCCUGUAUCAGGAUGAUUUUUCGGGACAAUCGAUGGACACAAGUUAUGAAUAUGAUGAGGAACAACCGAUGGAUCCACAGGUUCCCACCGCGGCGCCGGGGGCCGCUCCAACGAGCUUUAUCCGCCAGACUGUUAAUCCAAACGGAUCUGUUCGACACGGCGGUGUAAAUGGUAUUAUUGUUGGAUGUAAUAACGUCAGACCGUUCAGAGGACGAAGCGAAGAUAUAGCUGAAGUUAGCGGCUGGGAUCAGCUACAAGACGACUUAAGUGCCCGUCAAUCUCAGAACACAAAUGGCUCAAAUAGCUGGAGGAGCGAUCCGGCCGAGUCCAGGGACUCACCGAGUCAAAAACGGCUCGUUGUUGACUCAACAGCAAAUACUUCUGACCGAAAUAACAUUGAUUCGAACGAUGAUUGGAUUCAAAGUGUUGUUGAACGAUUCCCAAAAGACAGUGGCAGACCCAAAAACACUACUGCAGCGCGUCAUCCCUCAUCGCCAGUUGUAUCAAGGUUAGUAUUUAUUCAGUAUUUGGUGUUCUUUUAUUAUGAUUUUCUCUUCUAUUCUACUUCAAAAUACCUUUCUGUUACUUUUAUAUUUGUGUAUUUAAUGUUGUCCUGUGUUCCUCUGUUUAGUGUGCUCCUCUUCACUAAGAGCCAGCAACGCCAAACAAACUCCAUUAACACAUAG